CUUUUCCUCCUCUCCUUUCCUCUUUCCAAGCUCGCGCAUCAGGAAUGACAUUUCGGCAUCAGUGAACAGCACGAAAGGCGAGAAUAGGUUAUCCGGAAACACGCCAUUUCGGCAUACUGUCGGAAGGAAAGAAGUUUCCAGUGAACCGAUCACUUGUGCUUUUGUGGAGUCAACACGGGCCCGUCUUGACAACAUAAGAAGAUGAUCUUACAAAGCAUCGUCAUGGCUCUGAUCAUGAGUCCCAGCAUGGGCUACAAUAGUCCCCAAAACACGGUCUAUGAUUUUACUGUCAAGGACAUAGAUGGAAAUGACGUCCCGCUAUCAAAAUACCGCGGGAUGGUCUUGGUGAUUGUGAAUUUGGCUUCGGAGUGUGGACUGACCGACCGCAAUUACAAGGAAUUGGUCAUCCUCCAGAAGGAGCUAGGCUUCCGGGGCUUCCGAGUUUUGGGUUUUCCGUCGGAUCAAUUCGCUGGUCAGGAGUUGGAGACGAACGAACAGAUCAAAACAUUCGCGAGGGAAACUUAUUCGAUAAAUUUCGAUCUCUUCGCCAAAAUCAAUGUCAACGGGGCGGAAGCAGAACCCUUGUGGCGCUUCCUCAAAGAGAGACAAGGCGGCAUUAUUUACUCCGGCAUAAAAUGGAAUUUCACGAAAUUCCUCAUCGACCGAAAUGGAAUUCCAGUCGAUAGAUUCUCGCCAACGACUCCGCCGUUGUCGAUGAAGGACGACAUCGUGAAGUACCUGAAUCGUACCGCCAAAGCAGAUGCGCCGGAAACGAUGAAUCAAAACAACACGGAGCUCUGAGAGAGAAGACCAAGAGAAAAGUUUCUUAGAAAAACUGGGUAGCUCCUCGCAUAAGCUGCAUUAGGUCCUUCGUAGGGAAAAGACACCGCUCUGGGAGGAAGGACUGAUCGCAGCACCUGAGAUCUCCCUGACUUGAGAGGCUCCGAAAGGACGCUUGAAACUAACUUCGCCACCGGACAGGAGAUAUUUGUCACUCUAAGGCUGAUACUGAGCGAGAGUUGUGAUGCUCCUACAGGCGACGGAGCCGAAUUCUCGAGUGGAACAAUGACAGUCAAUCUAGACAUACCGAGACAGCGGAACGAUCCUUUGUCUUCCCUUCUAUUCCGAAUUCAGAUGAUUGGAUGCCUCUAGGAAUAUCGAAUAAAUUCUUUUUCA